AUGUCAAGUCACGACUACUACGGGCAGGGCCAAGGCCAGGGCCAACAAGGCUAUGGCCAAAACUAUGAAGGCACCAGCCAGCGACAAUGGGGUUCGGCAGACCACAACCAAGGCUACCCUCCUCAGCCUCAGGGCUAUGGACAACCGCAGCACGAUCAAUACGGCCAAGCCAGCCACAGUCCCUAUCCUCAAGGACAGAGCCAGUACCCUCCCCCUGCGCAUGAUUCUUAUUCAGCGCCUCCUCAAAGUGGAUAUGGCGCUCCACAGGGCCAGUAUCAGCAAGGAUACGACCAGAACCAGCAAGCCUUUGACCAGAAUCGAGACCAUUCCUACAUGUCAUCCGGGCAUCAACCUCCUCCCUAUCACGAUCCCAGCCAGCAAUAUGGAGCGCAUCAAUCACAAGGCUAUGACAAUCCAGCACACAACCAACCCGGUGCCGAAGGGGAGCGCGGACUUGGCUCGACUCUUAUAGGGGGUGCAGGAGGCGCAUUCGCAGGUCACCAACUUGGUGGUGGAACACUUGGUACUUUAGGAGGGGCGCUUUUGGGAGCUGUUGGCGCGAACAUCAUCUCUGACAAGAAAGAGAAGAAGCACAAGAAGCACAAGCACAAGAAGAGUCAUGACUCUCAUCAUGGAUCGCAUCAUUCUCACCACUCGCACCAUCACUCCUCUGAUCAUGGCCAUAGUCACAGGAGCCACAGCAGGAGCCAUAGCAGAAGUCGCCGCAGGAGUCACAGCAGAGGCAAGAGGAGCAGUUCUAGUUCAAGCAGCAGUAGCUCAGACUAG